AUGUUCGCAACAUGCUGCUUUGCCAAUUCAGCGACGGAUCUCCCACCUUUUCUGCCAACUACCUGUGCAAAGGAAGCAUCCUCGAGACAGAUCAUUCUUGACAAUGCAAUUCCAUUUUCUGAUUCUAAUACAGAGGCUUUCAGCCAAAUAUUUGAAUCUAACAGAAUUAUUCCAGGCCUCGACAAGAAGGUCACCAGCCAACGAUUCUCGUUUCCAGCCUCCAAGGUCCGAGCUUUGAAGGAUGCGUAUAUUACCGCCAGGUCCACCGACCAGGACCCAGCCAUUUCCAGUAACGACGUCCUGCCGGCAUUACUUGCCACCUAUAUGAACUGA